AUGUCAGCCGUCGGGAAGAGUGCGACGAAGGUUAAGAUGAAGCAGGAAAUUAUCCGGGCUGGCGUUACGUCAAUGUAUCGAACUUGGAUAUCACCGGAGUUUCAAACGGUUCGGCUCGGCCUCGGAUCCCUCCGACUUGAGCUACGAAAGAGAGUCUUUUGGUGUGCAUUUGGUAUCGAUUGCGUAGCUGCGCUAACCUUAGGGCGCCCCUUGGGAAUCCCAUUACAAGAAGUCGACGCUGAGAUAUGGACUCGCAUCCAUGGCACCCUGUACUCAGAUGUCAACGGCGAUGUGGACAAGACAACCAGGGACCAUAAAAUCACCACAUUUCGCGUUGGAAUUGAUGAUUGGCUGGCCUCUGCUCCUCCAACCCCGAUCCGUAUAGGUCCCGCCUUGUCCAUCUUUGCAACACAAGAUUGGUAUGAUCUCAACCAUAAUGAGACGAUCAUAAUGCUCUAUCGGUGUCAGGUUACUGGCUACGGAGACGAUAUGGAUCAUGAGGUACUUCGGCAGUGUGCUCAAGCCGCCGGAAGCAUCUGUCUCGUGUACCGGCGACUAUACAUUGGAAAGACAGUCAACUACACUUGGAGUACCCUUCAUGUUAUCUUCUCGGCUGGACUUACUUAUCUACAUUGCCUCUGGACCUCGGAUCAAUUGCGACAAGAGACCAGUAUCAGUGAAACAUCUUCUAUCCUCACGAGCUGUACGAUGCUUCUAGUGGUCAUAGCUGAGCGAUGGAAAAAAGCUGCUCCGUACAGAGAUAUUUUCAAGGCCUUCUGCAACCGCACAACUUCAAUGAUGGCGCACAGAGGCAGCCAACAACUAACCCCGUCAUCCCCAAUAGGCUCAGGUACUGCUGAGCCAGAAAAGCUCGCUGAAUGGAUAGCCGACAUCUCCAGCUUGGGUAUGUCGGAGGCAGUUGAUGAUUUAUUAGCAGGGCUGAUCACAGAAUUUAAACCUCGGGGCGAAGUACAAGGCAUUAUCUCGUCGGAGCCAUCAAUUUAG